UCCGUUGGCCACCCAUUCCAUGCAAACAAGAGAAGGAGAAAGAGAAAGAGGAAAGAGAAAGAGAAGAAUGAGUUCCUCUUUCUGGACUUUCCUGUUUGUCUUUAGCUCUCUGGCUAUUUACUCGGAAGGACUGACUCGGCAUUACAAGUUCAACGUGGUGAUGCGAAACGUGACCCGACUCUGCUCGACCAAGCCAAUCGUGACGGUGAACGGCCAAUUCCCCGGUCCGACUCUCUACGCGCGCGAGGAUGACACCGUGCUUGUCAAGGUCGUGAACCACAUCGGUCACGACGUGACCAUCCAUUGGCAUGGCGUCCGGCAGCUGCGGACCGGCUGGGCUGAUGGUCCGGCCUACGUGACCCAGUGCCCGAUCCAGCCCGGCCGAAGCUACGUGUACAAUUUCACGCUCACCGGCCAGCGCGGCACGCUACUGUGGCACGCUCACAUCACCUGGAUGCGGUCAACGGUCCACGGCGCCCUCGUCAUCCUCCCCAAGCUCGGCGUGCCGUACCCGUUCACUCAACCCCACCAAGAACACGUCAUCGUAUUAGCGGAAUGGUGGAAAUCCGACCCUGAAGCUGUAAUAAGAGAGGCUAUGAAGGCCGGUCGGCCUCCCAAUGUGUCGGAUGCCCACGUCAUCAAUGGCCACGCCGGAGCUCUCUCCACGUGCUCCUCCUCCUCUCUCGACGGGUUCACGUUGGCGGUGGAGAAAGGGAAGAAGUACUUGCUCCGCGUCAUCAACGCCGCGCUCAACGAGGACCUCUUCUUCAAGGUCGCCGGUCACCGGAUGACCGUCGUGGAGGUCGACGCAGCCUACACCAAGCCGUUUUCCAUUGACACUAUCCUCCUUGCCCCUGGCCAGACCACCAACGUCCUCCUCAACGCCGACAAGACCGCUGGCGGGCGGUACCUCCUCACGGCUUCCCCCUUCGCUGAUUCCCCCCUUGUCGCCGUUGAUAACCGCACUGCCACCGCUACCCUCCACUAUGCCGAUAUCGUCUCCUCCUCCGCUGCCCCCGCAGCUGCCAGUGCGCUCACCACCACCAACCCGCCGCCGAUGAACGCCACCCAUGUGGCGGCCGCCUUUUCCGACGCGCUCCGCAGUCUCAACUCACAGGCGUACCCCGCCCGUGUACCGGCCACCGUCGACAGGUCGCUGCUGUUCACGGUGGGGCUGGGGGCGAACCCCUGCGCCAACUGCAUCAACGGGAGUAGAGUGGUGGCGGGCGUCAACAACGUGACGUUCGUGAUGCCGACGACGGCGCUUCUGCAGGCGCACUACUACAACCUCAGCGGGGUCUUCACUGACGACUUCCCCGGCCGGCCUCCGGUAGCGUUCAACUACACCGGGAGCGGGCCGAGGAACGUGGCCACAGAGCAGGGGACGAGGCUGUACCGGCUGCCGUACAACGCGACGGUGGGGCUGGUGCUGCAGGACACCGGGAUCAUCGGGCCGGAGAGCCACCCACUGCACCUCCACGGCUACAAUUUUUUCGUCAUCGGAAAGGGCUCCGGCAACUACGACCCCAAAACCUCCCCAGCAGGGUUCAACCUAGUCGACCCGGUGGAGCGUAACACGGUCUCUGUUCCCUCCGGCGGGUGGACGGCCAUCAGAUUCAGAGCGGAUAAUCCUGGAGUUUGGUUCAUGCAUUGCCACUUCGAGGUGCACAUGACGUGGGGGCUCAAGAUGGCGUUCAUUGUGGACGACGGCGAAGGGCCGGAGCAGUCCAUUCUACCGCCGCCGAAAGAUCUGCCUGCGUGCUAAUGAGGCGGUGACCGCCGGCGACGAUGCGGCCGUGGCAGUGAAGCAUUUGUCAAGCAAGUUGACACGCUGUAGUUUCUUACUUUUUGAGGUUUUUUUGCAAGUGUGAUUAUAUUUAUAGGACGACUGAUUUCAUUUUGUUUAAUGUGGGUUCACGGAUAUUUCAUUGUAUUCAUGGAAGUUGAUGAGAAUAAAUAAAUCGAUCU